UUGACGCAAGCUUGGGGUCUCACCGCCGGGAGGGCCUCCCAAGUCGGGGUAGACGCAGAGGAGGGAGGAAUCUAGUAGAGAGGCAAAUGGAGGGGGUGCAGAGAGGGACCAGGGGCGCGGGGUGUCCGUAAAAAACAAGGUUUGGGGCACUUAGCAGCCGCCCAGAGAAGAAGGGGUAGGUCUUGUCGGAAUUGAAGAUGUAUUGACAGAGGAGCCAGAGUCUAGACUCGGGGGAGUUUGAAUCUGCGCAGAUUCUGCUUAAAAGAAUCCUGGUCUUCUGGGGGCAAAAAAGUGGACAGGGUGUUGGGGUGAGGCCGUGGAGCAGGGUGUCCAGCGCGCGGACCUGGAGCGGGAUGCUGGGGCAGGCGCGCGGGCUGUGGCCUCCAGGCACCCCCACCCAUCCCAGGACGCGCCUGGCGGGCGAUCUUGCGGCGGAGCCUCCUCUCCCCUCGCGCGGCCUCUCCCCUGCGCCCCCUCCCCCGCGGAGCUGCGGAGCACCGACGCGAGCGCAGGGCGCCGGCGGCAGGAGGCUGCGCUGGCCAUGGCGCCGGCGGCGGGCAAGCGGGGCCGGCUCCGGAGGUGCGGGCGGCGCAGGCGGUGCGGACGGGGCACACUAAUUGCCUGCGCCGCCUGGACCGCGGGCUGGGUGUUGGCGGCCGCACUGCUGCUCCGCGCGCACCCGGGCGUCCUCUCCGAGCGCUGCACGGACGAGAAGAGCCGGCGCAUCCUGGCCGCGCUGUGCCGGGACUACCAGGGCGGCGUGCUGGUGGGCGACCUCUGCCAGGACCUGUGCGUGGCUGGGCGGCUGCUGUACCGGCGCUGCCUGUACUACGAGAGGGGCAAGAAGGUGCUGCAGGCCGACUGGCGCGGCCGGCCGGUGGUCCUCAAGUCCAAGGAGGAGGCCUUCUCCAGCUUCCGGCGGCCCGGGCUGCUGGAGGACCAGGCCUGGAAGGGCGGCCAGGACUUCCCCGAGGCAGAACUCCUCCUGCUGGUGGCCGGCGAGGUCAAGAACACGCUGGGCCUGGAGCUGUCCCACGGUGGUCUGGGGCUGCUGUGGCCGAGGCUCCGGGGUCCCCGCUGGCGGGGCCAGCUGGCCAGCCUGUGGUCCCUCCUGCAGCAGGAGGAGUUCGUGCUGCUCAGCCUGCUGCAGGACCUGAGCCGGCACGCCCCACCCGUGCUGGGCUCCUGCGGCCACUUCUAUGCCGUGGAGUACCUGGCAGCCGGCAGCCCCCACCACACUGCCCUCUUCCCCCUGGGCGGGGCCUCCCGGGGCCUGGCCCGGGCCAUCAGUGACAUGGCGCUCAGCUUCCUAGACCUGGUGAGCCAUUUCGACAACGACUUCUCCCACCGCCUCCACCUCUGCGACGUCAAGCCCGAGAACUUUGCUAUCAGAAGGGACUUCACGGUGGUGGCUAUUGACGUGGACAUGGCCUUUUUUGAACCUAAAAUGAGGGAAAUUCUUGAGCAGAACUGCACGGGAGACGAAGACUGCAAUUUCUUUGACUGUUUUUCCAAGUGUGAUCUGCGAGUGAACAAGUGUGGAGCAGAGCGUGUGAACAGCAACCUGCAGGUCAUCUGUGACAAGAUAUUCCGCCACUGGUUUUCCUCGACUCUCGGGAGCUCUGCCAUUUCCUUGGAGCUUCGGCUGCAGUUACAGGAGACCGUGCAGGAUUGUGCGGACCCGGGCCACCCUGCCGGGCUCCCCCAGAGAGCACCCCCUAAUGUGUUCCGGAAGCUUCAGCGUCUCCUGCAAGCCACACUGAGAGAACUGCAGGAGGUGGAUAACUAGCCACUGCUGGCCUUUAAAACAUUCACUCUGCGUUGUUUUAAGGAGAAGAUGUUUUCACUCUGCAGGUGAAUGACCCCUCAGGUAUCACUGUGGUCGUCAGAAUGUGGCAUCGCUCAUGGCUGUUUCGAUUCCACGUCAGCUGCCGAGAUGUGUGCCUCCUUCUCUCCUGUCCUGGCUUUCUGUGCUCUUGUUUGAAGAGACCAUCCUGGCCUCUCACCGGUCACCCCUUUGAAAGUGAUAUGAGGGGGGCACAGCACAAUUUACUUUUGGGGGGUCCUCAGUCAGAAACAGCUCCAAGUGUUCUCCCUGAAAAUGGUCCCCAGGUUAAAAAAAGUGCAAGUGUGUGCAUAGGUGUGUGUGCAUGAGUGUGUGUGCACAUGUGAGGGUGUGCAUGUGUGUGAGGGUUGUACAAGUAUGUGUGCAUGUACACGCGUGUACGCACGGAUGCCUCAAUGAGCACUCAGUGUGAGCAGUGUGUGAGGCGUGUGUGCUGUGUGGUGGGAGAAGGUGGUUUCUGCAGUGUGCCCUCUGGGACAGCAGGCUCAGCAGCCGGAAGAGUUACUUUUCUUUGGGAAUGAAACACAGUAAAGAACAAAAGCUGCAUCUGUAGGAAGUGUCAUUUGUAUUGGACAGUAGGUGCAAGGCCAGCUCAUGGUAGUUUUCAGCUUGGGGACCCAUUGGUCCUCUGGAUCGUUUUCCGGGAGCCCCUCCCCAGGGAGUAGGGUUUGGCAGGAACUGCAGGUUUGCUUAACGCUGUGUCAUCUCAAGAAUUGGAAGUGCAGUGAGUACCCAGCUGGCACUGGCCGCAGGCAGGACGAGGCCAGCCCUUCCUGUCAGCUGACUGAAGACCCAGUCAGGCACCACGUCACCACGCCACACUUUGGUAGACAUGCUUUUCCGUGGAGUCGCGACAAAACUGCAAACAUGAAGGAAACCGCAUUCUGGUCGCCCUCCUGGCAGAUGAACCCACGGGGAGCAAGCCAGGCGUCCACUCAGAGGGCACGCAUGUCUACCCCACACCCAGGACAGUGAGACACAUCACGUAAACAGCUGGUCAACUCAGAGGUAAAUCGAGAGAGACACUGAGCGAGGAUGAGGUGAUUCUGUUCAUGGUUUACAAAUCGGAGAAGACAGAUUAAUUUGAAGUUUUGAAAAACUCACACAUUGACAAAUCCCAAGCCAUUUCUCUCUUCCUUCCCCAGCCCUUCCUGAUCAGACAAAGGGAAGUGCCUACUUAUGUCCAUCUGCCCGCCUUUCCUCCGGCCACACAGCAGGUCCGCCCCGGGGCUCGCUCCGUGGAAUGACCUAUGAAGCAGGGGACACUGAAGUUCAGGGGGACUCUGAACUGCUUGACGCCCCACAGCCCACACUGUUUGAAGUCCCAUCGUUACCUGCUAGGCCAACCCCCUUCCACCACCACUGCUAUUUUUACAAAUGACUGAAUUCCCUAAUGGGUCCCCUGCCAUCGUAUGUAUGAACAAGUCCCUCUACAUUUGUACUCUCCGGCAGGAAGAAAAGACCCAUGUCAGUCACUUUGGUGACAGAAGUAAAUUAAAACUAACGCAUGAAGCACAGGCCUCAGGCUAGUAGAUUCUAAAGAAAAGAAUCAGCUUUGGCGCUGGGCGAAGGCUCCCCUUCACCAGAGCUGUGCCAUGUGCGGUGUAUUCUGCAAUGCUGAGGGUCUCAGCGAACCCCGGGAGCCCUCCGGCCAGGUUCCUUUUAUGAACUGAAGGUUUCCAUGAAGACUGGUGUGAAACAGAGGGUGAGGGAGGUGGGAGGCAGGGGCUCUGUGUUCUGUGCCCUUAACAGUUAGCUUUAGCACUGUGAGGGCAAAUGGGCCUGACACGGGUUGACCCUGGAAUUACAGCCCUUCUUAGCGCUGGCUCAGAGCUAACCAGCCAAGCAGCAAAGCUGCCUCCAGAAAGGGAAAAGGUUUGCUUUCAUUUCCACCCAACGGAAACAAAUGUUUUUGUUUAUCAUGGAAACGAUGCAAUAUGUAAUUACCCAACACAACAGUGUUUUUAUUGCUGAAAAGGAAUAGUUUUAUCACUUUCCCCUGGGGUUUGACUCCCGCCAGGAGAAUUCCAUUAACAGCAGUGUCUCUUAAACUAUUUGUGCAGAGUUCAGUUUGUGUUUUUAAUUCUCCAACCCUUCGGAAAUAAUACAAGAAACAAAGACUGUUGUAUCAGUAUUUAAUAUUUUUAAUGUGACAAGUGACACUGUUUCUUGCUUAUCUGAUUGACCAACCACCCUACCUAUAGGAGAAAAUGUCUACCUAAAUGGUUUCUCUGUUUUGUUUUAAUAACACAUGCAUAGUAUACAAGACACCCUCAGAGAUUUGUUCGUGGACAUCAAGCAGAUGAUACAGUGAGUUCAGCAGGCAUAGGCUGUUUCUUUUCAAGUUUCAUCCCAGUUAAAGCAAGUGGUGCUUUAUUCAUCUCUAAUACCUCAACAGGAGUCAAUUUUCACAAUUUAUCUUGAUAAAUUAUAGUUAAAAUUAUCUUUGGGUGAAACAAUUCCAGAUUAUAUGCCCCAAUGGGUUAUAGCUGACAAAUACUAAGUGCACAGAAAUUGUAGGAGGCUCGGACCACGUGGUGGCUGAAGUGAUGGAGGAGGGCUGGAUAUGCCAGCAAUGACAGCUGGCUACAAAGGUUUCUAAACCCUGCUCUCAGUUGUCUCCUCACAGGAAGUGAGUAGCAAGCAGAAAGCAGUAGCAAGCAGUAGCAAGCAUCCAUCUGAUGCAGAAAAUGGGAGCAGUGUUUCUCCACAAGUGGACCCAGACCCCUGCUUUGGAAUCACCUGGAGGCUUCUUUGAAAUGCAAAUUCUGAGUCUAGAAUCAAGGUCUUUGGGGAUGAGGUUGCCAACCACCCCAAGGAGUUUGGAUGCACCCCAAAGUUUAAGAAUCUUGCUCCGUAGGUCUGGCUGAGUCCUUCUUCAUUCUAAUCAUGGAGGCCCUCACUGGGUGGCCCAGGCAGGCCUUGGACUGGGGUGUGACAUCUAUAGCUAGUCUUUCCUCAGGCACGCUCCCCUGAGUUACAGGGCAUUUAGUCAGUUUUUCUGUAAAAGAUCAUCUUUAAACGCAGCAAUGGCUUGCUGACCAAUCACUUUUGCAUAAUAGACCUGGAGGUACGAAUUCUGUUCUUACAGCUUCUAUUCCUUCUAUUACUUAAUGUCAACUCUCACUGGCCCGGUUUCCCAAUUCCCAGGGGUAAGAACCAGUUGCUCUGCUUCUCCCUCCUUGGGCCAGGGGUGUGGGAUCUGCCUGGCAUUGCUCUGCCCUGAGCCUUCUGCUGUCUGUCUUAACAGAGGAAGUGCCAUUUUGUCCCCAUUUAGUUGGGAAGUGCCCCCUCCGAAAGCUCCCUGCUCCCUCUCUGUCAGUCGGAAGAGAACACCCUUAGCUCCUGGCAAGGACAGAAAACAUGUAGUCAGCUAUCAAGUGUGCGAUUUUUAUUUGGGAAAGGUCAGCAGGCAAGUCCAUUAAAGUCAUCCUAACUCGUUUACUCUGGCCACCUGCAUUGCCAAAGCUUGCGGGCUCUGAAAGAAACCUGAGGUAGAGCCAACGGGAUUCCAGGACGUCUCCCAGCUGUCAUAUUUACAGACCCAUCUCAACAAAUGCAUGAUUUUUUAAACAGGUAUACAGGGGUUUUCCCGCAGACGCUUUUGCCCCUCUUUUCAUUACCAUGACCACUUCUCAUCCUUCAUUUCUGUUGAUUGUGGUAUUUUAAACUGGUUUUCUAGUGGCAAUGAUGAAAAACUUGGAGCCACUCAUGCCCUCUUGUCUGUUUCCGCUUCCGAGCAGGGCACACCUGGGUGCUCAAGAAAUGUUUGGGUACCCAGAGAGGACCUGGCCGGCCUGCCAUGCCCUUACCUUCCUUCAAACCUGGUCGUCAAGGCACCGCACUGAGUUUUCAGGGAGCUGGAAAGAGCACACCUACUCCACCCAUACCGUGGCGUCACCCACCGGCGGAGGCAUAUUAAUCCCAAGCCCUCCUGUCUCCGGCUCCCUCAGCAUUUCAAACCUUCAUUCUUUGCUACAAUUUUCCUUCUCUUUAAUCACUUUCCCUUUUAUCCUCUCCAGCCUCGAUGUGCCUUUGAAGGCAGGGAGGUGAAACUGGAGAGUGCAGUCUAAUAGGUCGAGUAGUCCUGAGGAAGCUACGAAAUUCUUCAAAUUAGUGCUUUCGGUCAAUGCCUCUACUCACUGUAAACAUGCGUGCUUAACUUCUGCUGCUGCCACAUUUCUAAUUUUGCUAUUUUCUCUGAAAGUCCUUGGCUGAAACCGUUGCAGGGCGAACCUUCUCCAAACCUUCUGACACAACUGGCUGCCAGAGACCAGGGAGGCGCUCCUGUAGAGGCCCCCACAGGUGCAGCCUCUCGAUGGGUGGCGUGGUAGCCAAGUGCAUGCUCGGUGGAGAUGGACCCCAGGCACAGAGUGUUUCUCACAGAAUCACCACCGCCUGCAACAGCUGAGGGUUUGACGGGUUUCCAGAGUCUCUCCUGUCUCUUGGAACAAGUGUGUUAACGUCGUAGGCUUUUGGGUCGAGAAAAGCAGACUCUGAAGCUUUUAAAAGCAAUUCUGAUUUAUUGUAUUUAAUAGUCAUUUUGCAAAACUCUGUGCACCUGGGACCAGACCUCACACCCACACGGUUCUCUGCAAAGAGGCCAAUAUCUACAGCAACG